AUGUUGGUGGCGGUGGAAGAGAGACAGUCCACCCUAUUGAUGCAAUUCAUGAAGAAGCCACAUAUCUGGAAUCGGAAGCUCCACCAUGCAACCGACGUCCAUGGCAAUACUGCCUUGCACUUGGUCGCAAAGGUUUCUCGUCAUACGAAUGCACCUAUGCCAGCCGUUCACAUGCAAUGGGAAGUUCACUGGUUUCAGUAUGUGAAGAAUAUGAUGCCGCCGGAGUUCAAUGAACUGCGAAAUCGGAAAGGCAAAACUCCGGCGAUGAUGUUCGCGGAGGAACACCGUAAACUGAUGCAAGAAGGUUACAAGUGGAUAAAGGAAAUGUCGGGAAAUUAUAUUGUGGCGACGACGCUUAUUUCCGGCGUUACUUUUGCAACGUGCUUCCAGAUUCCGGGGGGAUAUGACGGAGACAACGGCAGGCCCAUUGUAGGCUAUCGUAUUGAAUUUAACGUGUUUGUUAUCACAGCACUGGUUUCCUUUUGCUCCUCCGUCACUUCCCUCGCCGCCUUUCUCGCCGUUCACAGCUCCCAAAGUGAUCGGCCCGAUAAUUACCGUCGACGUCUGCCAUUGACUCUGUGCCUGGGUUUGUGCUCCUUGUUUCUCUCAGUUGUGUCCAUGUUGAUUUCUUUCUGCGCUGCGCAUACCUUUGAACUUAUUGGCCCCCUAAACAAGCGGUCUAAGUAUGUCCCCUUCCACACCGAUGUGCAGCUUGUUUAUGUUGAUCUUAAAGCACAAUUGAUGAGGAAAACAACUGCAGACAAGUUGGAAUAUACUAUCCCCUGA